AUGCUGCUGACUGCACUCGGGAUGUCCGCAUCCCAGAGAAACUCUGUAUCUCGCGACCCCUACGCCCUAUCCUUUUCAACGACCACAGGAAACUACUCGACGAUGACUCCCUUUUGCGUCAACGAUCGCGUAUGGUACUGGUCAGCCGAUGCGCAGACGGUGCUCGGGACGGUGGUGGCCAUCGAGCGCCUGGCGGACGGCACCCAGCUCCUCGUCAUCGAGCGCGACACGGGCGGGCGGGUCAGUUUUCCUGCCGACACGAUCUUCAAGGUCACGCACUAG